AUGCAGGCGGCCACCCUGCAGGACUCCCGGGCGAUCCCCGCCUUCGCGCAGGCCCUCCAGGAGAGGUUCAUCCGCUCCCUGGGCCCCUUCGCGGUCUUCUCCGCCUUCUGGGACACCUUCAGCAAGGCCAAGUUGCCAGUGCACCGCAAGUCUAUAAUCUACGUUGUGCACGAGGCCUUCAUGCGAAGCCGCAAGGAGGGGUCGUUCGAGCAGUGGCGCCCGAGCUGCGUGGGGGAGUUCCUGCUGAAGGCCGGCAAGCUGGUGCGGAAAUUCAAGGAGCCGCGGCGGCAGAAGGGGCCGGCCAUGCCGAGCUUCCACGGCAGAGCCCCCUCGCGGAGGCGAGGUGCCGAGGCAGACGAACGGUCCUCUUACUGCAAGGUGGCAGCAGAGUGGAAGAAGAGGAAGUGCUUGAAACCCGCAGAGUUCGAGCAGCUGAAGGACUCGUGGGACCUGGACUGAGCUGGCAUCGCCGCGCGGCGCGCCGGCGGCGAGCUAGCGCGAGCGCUUCCCCAGAAAGACGGUGCAGUGCAA